AUGAAGAUCACUAUCCUCACCACAGCCCUCGCCAUGCUAUGCACAGCAUCCGCUGCCGCCACCAACAACAACCCACCACCCUCCUAUGGCGGAGGCAAAUGCGUCUCGCAACAGGAAGGCCAAAACUUCCUUCAGAAGUUCAUCGGCGUCCUCGGCAGAACCGAUCCAAACUACGCCGCUACCGCCCAAAAGAUCAUCGCGGACGACUUCGUCGAGUACUCCAACUCCAUCCUGUCUCUCCAAGGCUUGCCCCUCAGCGCGCCACUGGGCAUCGCCGCUCCGUUCAAAGAUGCCUGGAUCCAAGGCGUCACACAAGCGCCGGCCUUCAGCGGCAUCAAGACCCUCGAGGUCAUCGUCACCUGCGACCGGAUCGUCUGGUACUGGGUCUUCACGGGCAUCGGGAGCGCCAAGCACCCUGCGGCGGGCUUCAAUCUUUUCCAUUUGAAGCGCAAGGGCCCGCAGUUACAGGUUGAGAAGCUGUUUCUGGAGUUUGAUAGUAUUGCUUGGGGACUGGAUACGGGGAUUCAGGUUACGUAUCCUAAUGGGACGGUUUUGCCGCCGAAGUAG